UCCGGGGCUCCAUUCUGGGCCUCAUCCUUUUCCAAGCCCCCGCACCUCCACGGAGAUCCAGAGCGCAGCCGCAUUCUCUGACCCUCCCCGCCCCAGUCCCGGGGGGCUCCCUCCGGCUCCACCUGCAAAUACUGCAGUGUGGACGUUUGCGUCUCACUGAAAUAUUGUCCAAAGCGGCCGGCGCCUUUCACGCCUGCUGCAGCUGGCCGUCACCUCGGUGUCCUUCUGGCGGCCCGCGUCCUCUCCGGCUGGGCAUCACUCUCCGUCUUCCAGAUCUGCAUCUGCGGUUGCCAGGUAGGCGGGUGAGAGGCCCGACUUCCCGGAUUCUCCAGAGGCCGUCCCGUCGCCGCCGGCACGAUGCUGUCCCCUCAGAGGGCUUUACUCUGCAACCUCAACCACAUCCACCUCCAGCACGUCUCCCUGGGCUUGCACCUGUCCCGCCGUCCGGAGCUGCGGGAGGGGCCCUUGAGCACACCCCCUCCCCCCGGGGACACCGGGGGCAAGGAGAGCCGGGGGCCCUGCAGCGGGGCCCUGGUGGACGCCAAUUCCAACAGCCCAGCGGUGCCCUGCCGAUGCUGCCAGGAGCACGGGCCGGGCUUAGAAAACCGGCAGGACCCAGCCCGGGAGGAAGAGGGGGCCGCCUCCCCCUCGGACCCGGGCUGCUCCUCCUCUCUCAGCUCCUGCUCAGAUCUUAGUCCCGACGAGUCCCCCAUCUCGGUGUACUCGCGGGGCCCCCCGGGCGACGAGGAUGUCCACCCUCAGCCCAGCAUCGUCCCCCUGGAGCAGGGCUCCCCGCUGGGCUCCGUCGGCCCCGGAGCCUGCUCUCCGGACAGCUUCUGCUGCUCGCCCGAUUCCUGCUCGGGAGCUUCCUCCCCACCCGGCCCCGGCUUGGACUCCAACCGCAACGCCCUGACCACCUGCCAGGAGCCCCCUUCCCCGGCCCCGGAGGAGGAGGACGACGGUGGGGAGCUGGACCUCCCUGCCUCCGAGCUCCCGGAGGCGGAUGAUGACGGGAAAGCCGACGUUGGGAAAACCGAGCCCAGCUGGAAGAUCAACCCCAUUUGGAAGAUCGACACGGAGACGCCGGGCGCGGGCUGGAAAGCCGCGGAGAGCAGUGACUCCGGCUGCAGCACCGCUGGGGACUCGCGACCCGCAAAACUCGACUCGGGGUGGGCAGGCCGCACGGCAGUGACUGACGGCAGCUCCAAGACCGACGCGGGGUGGCGGAGUGACGUCAGCGAGGAGCCGGCGGCCCACCGGACAAUCACGUCCUUCCACGAGCUGGCCCAGAAGCGCAGGCGGGGCCCGGGGCUGCCCCUGGCGCCGCAGGUCAAGAAAGACCGCAGCGACUGGCUCAUCGUCUUCUCGCCCGACAGCGAGCUGCCCCCCAGCGGCUCGCUCGGCGGCUCCCCCGCGCCGCCCCGGGAAGUCACCACCUUCAAGGAGCUCCGCUCCCGCAGCCGGGCCCCGCCCCCGCCGGUGCCGCCCCGGGACCCCCCGGCCGGCUGGGCCUUGGUGCCGCCCCGGCCCCCGCCCCCGCCCGUGCCGCCGCGGAGGAGGAAGAACCGUCCGGGGCUGCAACCCAUCGCCGAGCGGCCGCCCGAGGAGGGCAGGGAGGGCAGCCCCGCGGCUGGCCAGGAGGCCCCCGCCGCCCGGGAGCCGGAGGAGCCGGGCGCGCAGGCCGGCCGUGCGGCCCGGAGUUCCUGGUCGUUCGCCGGCGCCCCAGGGGCCCAGCGACGGUGGAUGGCAGAAGCCCAGAGCGGGACUGGCCAGCUGCAGGAGCAGAAGAAAGGGCUCCUGAUCGCCGUGAGCGCCUCGGUGGACAAGAUCAUCUCGCACUUCGGGGCCGCCCGGAACUUGGUUCAGAAGGCCCAGUUGGGGGAUAGCCGGCUGAGCCCGGACGUGGGUCACCUGGUGCUGACCACCCUCUGUCCGGCCCUGCACGCCCUGGUGGCCGACGGGCUGAAGCCCUUCCGGAAGGACCUCAUCACCGGGCAGCGCAGGAGCAGCCCCUGGAGCGUGGUCGAGGCGUCGGUGAAGCCAGGCGCCAGCAGCCGGGCGCUGGGGUCCCUGUACAGCCAGGUCAGCCGCCUGGCCCCGCUGAGCAGCAGCCGCAGCCGUUUUCACGCCUUCAUCCUGGGCCUCCUCAACACUAAGCAGUUGGAGCUGUGGUUUUCCAGCCUCCAGGAAGAUGCAGGCCUACUGUCGCUCCUGUACCUGCCCACCGGAUUCUUGUCCUUGGCUCGGGGUGGUUGCCCCGCCCUGUCCACGGAGCUGCUGCUCCUGCUGCAGCCGCUCUCGGUGCUCACCUUCCAUCUGGAUCUGCUCUUUGAGCACCACCACCUGCCCCUGGGCCCGCCCCCUGCCGCCCGGCCCGGCUCGCCCCCCGCCCUGCAGCAGACGGUGCACGCCGUGCUGCACUGGGGGGGACGGCUGGCCCAGAGCCUUCGGGGGGGCGCGGGGGACACGCCUCCCGGCCCUCGGGCUCCCGCCGGCGCCCCCGCACCAGGCAGCUGGUGGGAGCAGCUGACCCAGGCCUCUCGCGUCUACGCCUCGGGGGGCAGCGAGGGCUUCCCUCUGCCCCGGUGGAGGACGUGGCGUCCUGGGCCGGCGGCCGGAGGCCCGCAGGCGAGGCCAGAGCCCACGGAGGACACGGCGCCCGGCCGAGGCCUGUGGCUGGGGAGGCUGUUCGGUGUGCCCGGGGGCCUGGCGGAACCGGACGGAGGACCCAUGAAGUCCAGGAGACCGUCCAGCUGGCUGCCCCCGACCGUGAGCGUGUUGGCUCUGGUGAAGCGGGGCGCACCUCCCGAGCCGCUGUCGCCUCCCGAAGAGCUCGAGGCCUCGGCUGCCAGCGUCGUGCAGACCCACAGGGCGGUGCGCGCGCUCUGUGACCACGCGGCCGCGGGACCGGAGCAGCUCAGCUUCCGGCGCGGGGAGGUGCUGCGAGUGGUCGCCACGGUGGACGAGGACUGGCUCCGCUGCGGGCGGGACGGCACCGAGGGGCUGGUGCCCGUGGGGUACACGUCUCUCGUCCUCUAGGCCGAGCCCCUGGCCCGUCCUUCUCUCCCUCCUGCGCCCCGGGAACCAACCGCCCGUGGCCCACGGACCGUCCUGUGCACCCCAGUGGCAGCGGAAUGAGCCCCCCCCCCCCCCCCCCCCCCCCCCGCGCCACGGCGAGCUCUGCGGGGGGACAUCAGUCUCCCUCUCCCUCUCGUGCCACGUGUGAGGUGAACUCUGCUCUUCCUGGAAACGUGAAAAGGAGUUUCUCGGCGUCUCUCUCCUCUUUCCCACCUGCACAAGGAAAUGUCUCCCUUCCCACCUGCACGAUGGAAAUCGCGCCCGCUGCCCUGUUCCUCUGUGAGUGGACUGCGCCAGUGCCACCUGCGCCUCCGCCGGAGACCGGAAGGUUCUUCCUACGUGUGGAUGCCCCCCACUGACGCUGCCCACCUUGCCUGUAUUAUGUGCUCCGGCUGUGCCCGGUGCUGAAGUCCAGACCCCCGCCCCCCGACGGUGGACGGGUCUGUGGUGUUGGUCUGCCCGCUCCUUUGUCCCAAUAAAGUGUGGGAGAAGAA